AUGUUCCGGUUAAACCGUAAUGAGGCUGAAAACGAGCCUGCCCUUGUUCAACCCCCGGACCAUGAUACCCCCAGCCAGAAAACACCCGGUACAACAGCAUACGCCUCUCCUUCCAGAGAUGAGAUUACUCCGGCGGCGUGGGGGAUUGGAUGGCGGGCCCCAACCAUGAUGAUUGGAUUCCUCAUUGCCGGUGCGAUGUUUUCGAUGGGCCAUCACUUAUACUACCAGAGCCUUGACAGCACCCGCGUCACCUCAGUUAAUCAGCAAACGUGGGCGAUUCGAAUCGGAACUGGCUUCGCCUUCCUGAUCAAGUCUUUCCUUGUGUCGGCUGUUGGCAUCGCAGCGGUGCAAGUGAUGUGGGCCACUCUGCGGCGGAAGUUUGUGAAGCUUCGCGGGAUCGAUGGCAUGUUUUCCAUCCUUAGCAGCCCACUUGCUUUGCUCACUCCAAAUCUCUGGGUGUGCGCAAAAACCCUCAUUAUCCUUGCGAUCAUGUCAUGGCUUAUCCCACUGACGUCGGUUAUCACACCUGCUACCUUGUCCAUCAAUCUCUUGACAACCACCAAUGUUACCCAGAUGCGUGUUCCGACUGUGAAUUUUGUGGAUUCCUUUUGGCUGCCCUGGGCAACAUUCGAAGGGGCGGGAUUUAUUGCGGCGCCUGCGCCCGGCAUCAACCGUCUAUUUACGGCUACUUACUCCUCUUCUGAGGUGGUCCCAUUCUCUGCACCUUCCCCUAACUCAUCCUACACACUUGAUUUCUGGGGCCCAUCAUACAAGUGCCAGAGAUUGAGUGAAGCGAUCGUGGAGAUGAAGGGCAUGACUUUUACCGAUUCCUCACUGAACAACUACAGUUCCUUGCAGAAAGUGUGGGAUCAUGAAACUAGUAAACUCAACUUUACCACCUUGUACUCGGGGGCUGCUAGUACCGUCCUGAACAACACCUUAUUCAUAUACGCCACAGGAGCAAACCCCCUUUGGAACGACAACGCCACGCAACCAACCGAGCUUGUAUGUCAGCUUUGGAAUACCUCCUACGUGGUGAACUUGAAUUUUACCAACGGUGUUCGGAGCCUGACACCUGUAUCAACGAAGCAGGUGGCGCCCGCUAACUGGGAUAGCAGGGCUGGCUCCUACACUUCACUAGAACCUCAGGGGCCAGGAGUCAACGGUGGUUUCUACUUGACACACUUGCUAUUCUCUCGCAUCAUGCAAAGUACCCUAUAUAUCAGCUCUGUUGGAACACUCGAAUCAGUUUUGACCUCCUCGAUUCCUGACGACACGCUCACAUUCACACAACUGUCAAUCAUGCAAAGCGGCCUUUUCGCAUGUCCGGAGCUCUGGAAUAGUUCCGAGUACAAAAGUAUGCUUAUGGGAUUUGAUGACUCUACCACGCUUUGCCGGAAUAAAACAUUAGCUCGAGCCAUAGAGGAUCUGUCGCAUAACUUCACCUACAGCCUCCUCAGUCUCAACGCGGCCAAUACCAGUGUACCUGUUACAGUCUCGUCACCUCAGAAUUUCUACGCUUACGACAGUAAGAAUCUGUUGGCAGCUUAUAUGACUGCACUGGGUGUUACUAUUGUAUGCGUCAUUGUCGGAUUCCUUGCCUUGCGCGAAAAUGGGGCUGCCCACAACACGUCCUUCUCCAGCAUGUUGAUGACGACACGAAAUCCUGAGUUGGAUGAAUUGGCCAAGGGACACUGUCUGGGAGCUGGCGAGUUGCCAGAUGAAAUCGGGGAUGUCCAGUUACGAUUUGGGGAGGUCGAGGGUUCUGAGCAGUACAAGCGUGCAGCAUUUGGGACGAAAGAGUCGGUGAGCCCUCUCUCUAAAGGGGAAGAUUAUUACUAG